AUGUCAGUAAUACUAACUGAAGUUACUUCUUUAAUCGAGCAGAAGAUUUGUCCCAGGCACAUCAAAUUUGACACUAGCGAAGAAGAGCAGAGUAAAAACAAAAUACAUUUUUACAAUAAGAGUGGAUUUCCAGGUGUGUUGGGUUGUGUGGAUGGCACUCAUGUGCACAUUUUAGCACCUGAAAAGGAACUGCAACACCUGUACAUAAACAGAAAAGGAUUUUUCAGUAUAAACGCGUUAAUGGUUUGCGAUUUCAAUAUGAACAUAACGUAUGUCGAUGCCAGAUAUCCAGGAGCCACACAUGAU